AUGUGGGAUAUAACAAAAGAAUUUAUUCAACAAUGUUCAUUGACACUUGGACAAUUCGAUAGUCAAUGUGUUAAUUUACUUGUAAGAUUAUUUCAUCAUCAAGAUGCUUGUACACCAUUAAUUGUUUUAUCAAAUAAUUUGAAAGAAAAAUUUGAAAAUUUAUUGACAACUAGAAAAGAUCAUGAUGAAAAAUACAAUGAUACACCAAUAACAAGAAUUGAAUUAGCAAUAAUGAUACAUUUUAAAGAAAGAUAUUUAUCUGAAUUGAUGAUAGAUAAUGAUACUAAUCAAUUAAAAUCGAAUAUAAAAUUUUCUAUUGAUGAUGAAUUAAAUUUAGCAUAUUGUUUUUUAUUAGCACAAAUCGAUGAUCGUUUAUCAAACCAGAAUCUAAAUGAAUUAAAAUUUUUAUUAAAUAUUCGACAGCCUAUUGAUAAUUUAUUAGAUAUAUAUAACAACUUAGGUGUAAAAUUUCCGCAAUUUUUUUCUGUAUUAAUUCUAACUCCAUUUUUUGCACAAAAAUUGGUUAUUGUUGAUAAAACUAUCCGGGCUUUUCAAUCAUUUAUUAAAAGAUAUGAAGAGUUUAUAAUCACAUUUGAAAGACAUUAUAAUUCAAUAUUAUAUAGUGAAAAUAGUUCUACACAAAUAGAUACUAUGAUAUAUCAGCAUUCUCCUGAUGUUGUUUCAUUAUUUAUGACAAAAUUUUUAUGUCCGAAUCGUGAACAAAUAGCAUCAUCCAUUUCUUCGUCUGUAGAACAAGUUCCAAAAGAAUCUGUAUCUCGUCCGAUUAUUCAACAACCAGCAUCAUCACCAUCGUUAUCAUCGAAUGUGCCAGGAAAAGGUUUAUGUGUAAUAAUUAAUAUUACAGCAUUUACUUCAACUAUUGAAAUUGAGACAUCUAAACGAUCAGGAUCCGAUAAAGAUGUUAAUCUGAUAAAAGUUAUUUUUAAAAAAUUAAAAUUUACAACAUUAGAAUGUAAAUUUGAUUUUAAAAAACAUGAUCUUGAUAAAGCAUUAGAUUAUAUUAAUGAUAAAAAUGCAUUUGAAAAUUUUGAUUGUCUUGUUGUGUUUAUUAUGUCUCAUGGACUGUUACAUUCAUUUUUUACAGCCGAUGCAAAAGAAGUUAUUAUACGAGACAUUGUAAAAUAUUACAGUGAUUCAUCAAAAACUAUCUGGGCUGGAAAACCACGUCUAUUCUUUAUUCAAGCAUGUCGAUCAGAAUGGCCGGAACAUAUGCAAUGUAGCGAACGUGAAGGUGUCACAGAGAAUGAUUUAUCACCAAAAAUGAUUGUUGCCUAUUCUUGUAGCGCAAAGGAAGCAUCAAAACGAAGUCCAACUGCAGGGUCAUAUUUUAUUCAAUUACUUUGUGUCAUGUUACUUCGAUAUAGUCAUUAUUAUCCCAUUAAAAAUAUUCUCGAUUGGACUGCUAAGGUCGUCAGCAAGCGUGAUGAAAUUAUUAAUGAACGCUAUAGAAAAUCAGUACCCAUUCAACGACCAGAAUAUAUUGAACGAGACUUUAGUUCAAACUUUCGGUUUUCAGAAAAUUGUUUAUAUGAUACAUAUAGUUCAUGGGAUUAUGAGAUGAAAAUACCUUUAAAAAUUCCUUUGCAAAUUUGGCAAGAAAUUUAUGAUUUAAUAUUUCAAAAUCCUAGAAAUAAAUAUUAA